ACUUUUGCAAUCCUUUAAAUACCCACCAUAAACAAGAAGCAAAAAAGCAAUAGAAUACUUCAUUUGUCCCAAAACCUCCUGAAUUUUCCUCAAUCGUGAUCACCAAAAUUAAGAAAAUGGCUCUUAAAGCAGUUCCAGUUUCUCAAGUUCCAUACAUUGAUCAAUUCCAUGAAAAUAAUGCCCUCUGCAAAUAUAUAGGGGAAGAUGGGGAAGAUGAUGUUGGUGAGAGGAGAAAAAUGGCGACAUUCAUUUUAAAGGAGAAUAAGUUUGUAGUGAUGGGACAUAGAGGAAGUGGAAUGAACUUGUUGCAAUCUUGUGAUAGGAGAUCAAAAGCAAUUAAAGAGAAUACGUUGCGUUCAUUCAAUGAAGCUGCUAAAUUCAACGUCGACUUCAUCGAAUUUGACGUUCAGGUAACAAGAGAUGGCCAUCCAGUUAUUUUCCAUGAUAUCUUCAUUCUUACACAAGAAGAGGGCAAGUUGAUUGAGAAAAGAGUAACAGACCUCACAUUGGAGGAGUUCCUUUCAUAUGGACCUCAGAAUGCCUCAACAAACGUGGAAAAACCUUUAUUCAGAAAAACAAAAGAUGGGAGAAUCUUUGAAUGGAAAGUCGACGAGGAUGAUCGAUUCUGUACGCUAGAAGAUGUGUUCGAGAAUGCCAGUCAGUCUGUAGGAUUUAACAUUGAGUUCAAGUUUGAUGAUAACACAAGUUAUAAAGAAGAAGAACUUGUUGGUGUUAUUCUAGCAGUUUUGCAGGUAGUGUUCAAGCAUGCCAAAGGUAGGUGCAUUAUGUUCUCAAGCUUUCAACCAGAUGCAGCUCAAUUGAUCAGGAAGCAACAGACCACUUAUACGGUUUUCUUCCUAACAAAUGGAGGAUCUGAAAUCUAUUCCGACAUGAGAAGGAACUCAUUGGAUGAGGCAAUUAAGUUGUGCUUAGAAGGUGAUCUACAAGGAAUUGUCUCAGAGGUCAAAGCCAUUUUAAGAAAUCCAACAAUGAUAGCAAAAAUCAAAGAAUCAAAACUUUCCAUUUUGACAUAUGGCCAGCUAAAUAAUGAGCAGGAGGUGGUUCACUUGCAAUACAUGAUGGGUGUUGAGGGAGUAAUUGUAGAUUUUGUUAAAGAGAUUACUUUAGCUGUUUCCCAGUUUUCGAAACCAGUUUAUGCUGGAAAAGAAGGCUUGUCAUUGUUGGAGAAGAGGCUACUAGCAGAGAAACGAACUCCCUGUUCGGAUGAUGAACUCUCAUAUUUCCGUAGGCUUGUUCCAGAGUUAAUACAUUCUUGAACUGCUGUGUCACAAACUUUGCAACUUUAUGUUUUUUUUCCCUCUUUCAUUGCUGUAUUUUGGUUUGUUGUUGUACCUUUUCAAUAUUAGGUCGUGUAAUAUAGUUUGGAAUAGGGACAUGUAUUAUGAAAAGGAUAUUAAACAAUCAACUGUAAACAGGGGAUCAAUGUACA